UCAUGUUACGCAUGAACCGUACCGUGAAACUUCUUCGCCACCUCCCUGGCGAGGCCUCGUAUCGGCGCUGCCACCUCCCCGAGAGGCGGCUCGUAAAAAAUAUCGUGUGGACAGGAAGGUGAAAAAAUGCUGAAGGGGAAAAACAUAUGCCAGACUCCGAGGAUAGCCAGAACAAUAUGAAUAACCUAUAAAUGUCUCUGCGAAGCGGAGUCUCGACGUGUGCACAGGUGUCUCGCACCGCAGCCAAUGCGAUGCUAGCCAUUGCAUGGUCGGCGAUCCUCGGGAUUGCGUUAGAUGAGAAUAUGAAUGAAGAAGAGAAAGCGAAGAGAAAGGGAACCGUGGAUGGAAUACGAUGCAUAUAUGCCGUGGGUAGAUGAUCGAUGCUUGCAUGCACUUGAGCGGACGCGUGAAAAUCGGAAUGGAUGCGAGAAAGGGCUCGGGUACUUCGCGUUCCCGGCGGCGCUACGAACGGCUGCAGCCCGACUCCAUACCGACAUGCGCUGACUGAUCUUGUGUUGAGAGGUAGCGCUGAAGAAUGGCGGUGGAUGAGGCAAAUGUGCCGAAAACGCGAUAGCCAUGUCUG